GAAGAAGCAAAGCACGCACGCGCACCGCAGGUCUGCAGCCACGAUGGCCCGCCGCAAGGUCCCCAUGAGGCUCAUCGAGAAGGCGCGGGCGCGCGCCGAGACGCACGCCAGGAGGACCAAGGGGCUGCAGAAGAAGGCGUCGGAGCUCGCCAGGCUCUGCGCUGUCCCGGUCGCGCUCGUCUGCUCCGCCGGCGCGGGGGCUCCGCCACUCGUGUGGGAGUCGGAGGAGGGAGUGCUCGAGAGGUACCGGCGCGCCGUCCCGGCGGAGGCCCGCGCGCGGCACACGCACCGGAGCUACAUGGAGACUGAGCUGGGCAAGGAGAGGGCCAAGCUCGCCCGGACGCGGCACGGCUGCCCCGGCGUGCUCGCGGACUGGGACGCCGCGCUCAACGACAUGACGCUGGACGGGGCGCGGGGGCUGCUCGACACCAUCGACGCGGCGCUGCGGGCCACGGGAGACAGGAUGGAGGCGCUGGGCUUACCUGCCGACGGCGGCCACGGCUCGCUCGAGGAUUCUCCCGACGACGCCUUCAUGCCGCAGCAGCUCGGCAACCCCGUGGCCGUGGACAUGGACGCCCCCGGCUUCCAGCGGCAGCAGAUGGUGCCGUUCCACGCUGGGAACAACGAGGGCCAACUCUCGCAAUUCUCAUGGGACGAUCCCUUCCAGACGCAGCAAGGGUGCGGCGGCUUCCAAUGCGUCGGCGGUAACUACUCGGGCGGCGGCGACGAGAUGCUGUCACCAGGCUUCACCAAUGCUGACAACAACUACUCGGCCGUCGUCGACGAGAUGCUCGCGCCGGGCAUCGCCAAUGCUGACUACAACUACUCGGCCGGCGGCGACGAGAUGCUCACGCUAGGCCUCGCCAAUGCUGACUACAACUACUCGGCCGGCGACGAGAAGAUGCUCGCGCCGGACUUCCCCAAUGCUGACUACAUCUACUCCAGCGGCGGCGAGAUGCUCGCGCCUGGCUUUGGCAAUGCUGACUACGACUGGACUGAUAUGACCAUGUGGGCCACCGACGAGUUGUGCGAUGCAGUCAUGCCACUUGGGUGCUACCCUGACUUCGUCGACGGUACCGCUCAGGUCGUCAUCGGCGGGGACUACGUCAACACACCACCAUCUGACGGGUACGGGUACCCAAUGGCCAUGGGCGUGGGCGACAACCUCACUCAUCUCGACAACAACUACACGGCGCACUGGCAGUUCCAGCGCUUCGACACAAGCAGUCUGUUGCUAGGCGAAAUGCAGUCAUAG